AAUCAAGCAGCUGAUUUUAGACCAUGAAAGUAGAAAAACAAAUUUAUGUUUGCCGGUUCACAACUGUAAUCAAUAGUAAAGGCUAUCGCUUUAUCUUAACGUCUAGUAAUAGAUUAUACAACUGAUAACGUUGGAUUCUACAAGUACGCAGAGCAAAGCGAAGGAUUCGGAAGCUGAGAUGGAGAUACUGAAAGUAAGUGGUUACGAGGCAUUCCGCAAAACUAUGGAUAAGUUGACUCAAGAUGGUAGCAGCCAAGUGAAUGUGUACUUCACCGGCGAGAAGGAUGAAACAGGCAAGAGCUGGUGUCCUGACUGCAAUGAAGCUGAACCAUUUGUGCUCUCCGCUCUCAAUGAACACGCGGAUAAGAACUCAGUGUUUGUUGUUGUUGAUGUUGGACCGCGCGCAUUUUGGAAGGACAUGCAAAAUCCCUUUCGCAAGGACACUGUCGCCCCCAUUUCGGUUAUACCAACAUUGCUGCGCUGGAAGUCGCCGGCUCGCUUGGAUGGCGAACAAUGCGCGAAACCUUCGCUACUGGAAAUGUUCUUCACCGAAGAAGUGGAUUAAAAGACAAAAAAAGAAUAUUAUAACUCAGUUCAUUUACAGGAAGCUUAUUUUAUUUACUAAAAAAGACAUAACAUGUAGAAACCAGUAAAAAUAAAAUAUUUGCUUUUUU